AAGUGCUAUGAGUCACAGAGUGAGAUGGGAGGAGACUGGAGUGGAGGAGAGAGAGCGAGAGAGAGAGAGAGAGGGAUGGAGGGAGGAGGGAGGAGGGAGGUAUAAUUAUGGUAGGACGCCGCCAGAGCAAGAGAGAGAAGCAGAGGGAGGGAAAGAAAGAAGAGAGCGAGGAGAGAGAGAAAGAGUCCAGCCCUCUCCGGUAAAACCAUUCAACUGGUGAGCGAGGGAACACAUUCAGCACAGAGAGAGAGAGGAAAAAAGGUGGACUGUGAGCAGAGCUGAACUUUGCAGCUUCCAAACUUCUGAGGAGAGAAGAAAGACAAAGACGAUAAGAAAGAAAGAGGGAAGGCUGAGGAGGGAGGGAACAGAAGAACACUUUUGUUUCUUCAUCCAGGACUGCAUUUUUAUUCAAACACUUUUGGUCAAACCUCCACUUUCUUCAGCUUUUUUGGCUCCUUUUGUGCAUCUGCAUCCGGCAGCAUCACCAAAUCCAGCCAAUCAGCCGACUCCUGCCGUCAUGUCUGUCUUACCUCUGCUCAGUUGGACCGUCCUGCUCCUGGUCCAGACCUGCGGCUCGUCCUCGGACUCAGCGUCCAAACUUCAGCCUCUUUCUCUGACCGUCCACCCUCAACACCAGCAGCUGCCGGACGCCUCCUCCAGCUCCCACUGUCCGUCCUGCGCCCUGGCCAGGAUGAGGAGGAACGAAGGUGGCGUGGCGGACGACACGGCGGGACACGACCCCGAGGAGGAGGUGGCGGCCCAGCAGGACGUGGUGGAGGCGGUGAAGAGGCACAUCCUCAACAUGCUGCACCUUCAAGCCCGGCCCAACAUCACCAGACCGGUGCCGCGCGCCGCGCUCCUCAACGCCCUGCGCAAGCUCCACGUGGGGCGAGUGGCGGAAGAUGGCAGCGUGCAAAUCGAAGGGGAGGAGGAGGUGCGAGGGCGGGGAGGCCGGGGAGGAGGGGCAGGAGGAGCGACGACGGCGACUCGAGCCGGAGACGGCGGCGAUGCACCAGAGACUACGGAGAUCAUCACCUUCGCUGAGGCUGGUGAGUCUCAGGGCCUGGUGAACUUUGUCCUCUCUAAAGAAGGAGGCGAUCUCUCUCUGGUGGAGCAGGCAAACGUCUGGCUCUUUCUCCGUUUGGCGAAGACCAAUCGCAGUCGAGCCAAAGUCACCAUCCGCAUCUUUCAGCAGCGCCGGCCACCCAAUGGGCGUCCAUCUUCCCUGCAGGACGAAAUCCUACUGGCAGAGAAAACCGUGGACACCCGUCGCAGCGGAUGGCACACCUUUUCAGUGUCGGCGGCGGUGCAGGCGCUGCUGGAGAGCACCGAGAGCACAAAGUUGAGCCUCAGGGUGUCCUGCCCACUUUGUGCUGACGCUGGUGCCACCCUCGUCCUGGUCUCCGGCAGCUCCGAGACGUCGCAGCGUGCCAAUCAGCGGGAACAAUCCCACCGGCCUUUCCUUAUGGCCGUGGUCCGGCAGGACGAUGGUGGUGACACACGGAGGCGCAGGAAGCGCGGGCUGGAGUGUGACGGGAAGGUGCGCGUCUGCUGCAAACGGCAGUUCUACGUCAACUUCAAAGACAUCGGCUGGAAUGACUGGAUAAUCGCCCCGCCUGGUUACCACGCCAACUACUGCGAGGGGGAAUGUCCCUCCCACGUGGCGAGCAUCACCGGGUCCACACUGUCCUUCCACUCCACCGUCAUCAGCCACUACCGCAUGAGGGGCUACAGCCCCUUCCAGAACCUGCGGUCAUGCUGCGUGCCCACUCGGCUACGAGCCAUGUCCAUGCUCUACUACAACGAGGAGCAAAAGAUCAUCAAGAAGGACAUCCAAAACAUGAUCGUGGAGGAGUGCGGCUGUUCAUAAACAUAAAAACCUGAACUGGACCAGUCCAGAAACAGACUGGACUGGAGAGGACCAGAGAGGAGGAGGACUUCUGAACCCAGAGAGAGACAGAGAGAGAGACAGAGAGACAGACAGAGAGGGAGAGAGGAGAUGGAGGGAGGAGAGAAAAGACAAACAGGUGACUUCAUGAUCAUCUACUGCGUUUCAUUCUUCAGCUUCUCCCUCCAUCCCUUCAUCACUCGGGGUUGCUCUCUGGGAAGACAAACUCUUCUCCAUCCUCAUUCAGAGGAGUCUCGACGGCACUUUCAGAAAAAACGAAAAGAAAAAAGAUAUAAAAAAAGAAUAUCUAAUAUAUUUUUGUUACAAGAGGAGGGAGCGAGGCUUAUUUAUGUGUCUGAGACGUUCAAGCACCACUCGACCUGUCAGAUCCUGGAGCGACCAGGUGCCUGAAAAACUACUAACAGAACAAAAUCUCAAAACUAUGCAACUUGUUUCACAUAUUACAACCUUAAUGUAUUUUACUUUGGUUUUUUUUCCCCAACUGUUUACUUGUUCAAAAAGUAUGAGGAAGAAAGACGAAGACUUUUUUUUUAUUAUUAUUAAUAUUAGUAUUAUUUUUUGGAAGUACAAGUUUGUGCUGUGAGUGUGUGUGUGUGUGUGUGUGUGUGUGUGUGUGUGUAGAGAUACUUGAAAGAAACAAGUUGGCUUGGCUGCUGGAACCAAACACUUCUUUAUGUUACCAUGGUUACCAUGUGGAUGUUAUAAUUAUUAUUGUCAGUAAGUAUAUUAAUAAUAUUAUUGUUUACGUUGUUAAUAAUUUUUGUUUGGUUGCAUCUUUAUUAUUAUUUCUGUUUUUUUUUUUUAAAAGAAACGUUACAAACGUUUUCAUUUUUGCACUAUAGCGACACUCGUGCUCUGAUUAGCCAGACUGAGAGAGGACGGACCGCAGCUUCCUGUUCAGGUGGACUCCGGGUUUCACAGCUAAAAGCUCACAGGUCUGAUCCCCAUAGUAAGCCAGGUGUGUAUCUCUGGCUUCAGAGUCCCUGAAAACACACAACUCGCUUCACCUGUAGGUUCCUAAAGGAUUCCAAGAAUUUUGGAUUUACAUAAAAUAAACCAAAAGUACGUCAUGGCGGAGUGUGAUAGGCUGAGUGACCUGUCAGUCAAGCGCUCCUAGUGUUCUCAUUGUCAUGUAUGAGGGCAGCAGCCAAGAUGUUUGAAAAGGCUAAUAAUGAGUAGGCAUACGCCACAGCCACUGAGACACUACAAAGAACUGUUAACUGCUAACUGUUAAAUUAAACUGUAAUGCACGUUUUAUUUCCAACACGAAGGUCUGAGUACCAGAAAAAAAAAAUCUCAUAGCAGAAAUACUGCUAAUUUUAUUACUUAUUUAUGUUGACAUUUAGGUAUUCAAAUUCAAGUAUAUCAAGUCUAAAGACUAAAGUGAACCCCACAAUGUGUAUGUGUUUAACUCUAAACUCCUCUCAUGAGCCCAUAUUGAUACCCACAUUGGUCUACAGCCCAGUUUUUAAUUUAUGAAAUCUCCACCAAAUCUCACAUUAGAACAAGUGCAAACAAAUAUUGAGAGCUAAAGUUUGUGUGAAAAAAAAAAAAAAAAUUUACUUGGUUUGUAGCGAGAAGUGGGAGGUUUUCCUAUUAAUUUCAAAGCAGGGGCAAAUUUCUGACAUCUAGUAGCCAUUAGAAGAACUACAGGCUAAGACAUUUCAGCUGUGGAGGCCUCUGAACAGAUGAACCAACAGCUAAUAAGUUGAAGUUGUGCUAGCCAGUCAGCUAGUGCAGAAUGCUAGCAACUAUAGAUUAAAAAAUCAGUUUUGUUUCAAGCAAACUAUUAAAAAAAUUAACUUGUAGAACAUAACAUCAAUCAUGAGUGAAACAGCAAAAUGAUCACACCGCCGGAAAUCCCCAUGACACAACAGGAACUUCUCGUCUGUCCGCUCAAUUGCUACAAUGACUUUUGUUCAAAGGUUUUCAGAAAAAUAAGAAAAAAAAAUACAUUUGCUUCAGAAUUAAAAUUUGAAACUGACUUUUUUUUUAGUUCAAGCUAAGACACAAAAGCAAUACAAAACAAGAGAUAUCUGAACUCCCUUGCAUGGCAGUUUAGUUAGCUUUCUGUUAGCCUAAAUAUUAAGCAACAGCUAGCUAACUGCUAGCCGCUCUGAUAUCCAACAACCAUAAAACACAGAUCUAAAGCACAAAUACAAACUGUUUAAAACAACUUACUUUUGUCUCCGGUGAAUGUUUACGAUAUGUUAACUUGCUAACUGAAGGUGAUUAGGCAAAAGAAUCAUUACAAGAUGAAGAAAAACACUUUAUCACUUUAUUUCUUAAGAUUCAGUAUCAUAAGUUUAAGAGAGGCUCUACUAAUUAAAGUUUUAAAACGUCUUUUUAUGUUUUCACCAAGUGACUCUUUUUACUUUUUAUUUAAAACAUUUGUAACAUAAGUAUCUUUGAAAACAAUUUGCACUUUGGAUAAAUUUGUAUUUUAACAUGAACAAAUUAAUAACAAUGUAAACCUCCACAGAGCCUCCACAAAUCACAAUUUUUUAACAGGAUUUAUUAGAUAAAUUCACAAUAAAUAAAAAUGAGUGUUUUGGUUUGAACCAGAGACAAAGAGGUUAACUUCCUUUCACGGUAAAAAAUAUGAGGACAUCAGAUGAUCAGUGCAUUCACUUUAAAGAAAAGACUUUGUCACAGAGAACAUCCAGAGUCCAGAUUUAGUUUGCUUUAGAACACCAAAGAGUUGAGUUUGUGCACGUUUGAAUGAGAGAGGAAAAGAAAAUGUAGUUAACUUACAACCAGAUUUAUGUACAUUUUGUGAGUAAAAAAAAUAUUUUAGUAUCAGUAUCAGGUCUGUAAAAAUGUGUUGUUUUCUCAACAAGCAUCUUAAAAGUUUAGCUUGCUUUCAUAAAGACGGUCGGCUAAAGUUUUUUUUUGACGCUUUAUUAAUUUUGUUUAACAUUAAUUUAGUCCUUGGGACAGAUUUCUGAGUUCUGAUGUUUUUUUCACCCCUUCCUUUUCUGUCUACCUGCACAUCAAGAACUCCACUUCCCACAAUGCUUUACUCUUUAGUUUAAUCUCAGCAUAAACAAUAGACAAUUGCAUUGUUUUGAUUUUGGAGAAAACAAAUGUCUCAUCAUAUUUGGCCAUUUCUGAGUGUUUCUGUGUUGUAUGUAUCAGUAUUGUUGACUUGUUCACCAAAUGUUUUGCCGUGUUGGUCCCCCUUUUUAAUAGCACGUGUAUUUUUGUUUGUUUUUUCUCUUUUUUUUAAACUUUUUUUACUUUUGUCAUUCUUGUUUUGUAAGAGCGUGGACACUCUUCUUCUGGACUUUUCGGAACAAACUCGUAGUCCAUCCUGUGUGUACAUGGACGCAUACAAAAUGAAAAAAAAAAAGCCUCAGCAACAAAACAAAAAAUAAAAUAAAAAAGAAUGAAAGAAUAAAAGAAGUGGUUGUACUCGUUCAGAUUUUGUUCUUUUUAUCAAGAUAAAAAAUACUGACACUGAACAAAAUGGACAAAGAAUGAAGAAUCUAUUUUUUAUUCUGUAUAUAUGGAAAUCAGAUUCCAGUUACGUUGCAUUGCUUUGUUGUACAAAUCAAAUGUGCUUGUGGCAUUUUUCUAAUCUAAUUUAUUUUACAGUAUUGUUCUGUUUUUGUUUUCUGCUUCACCAUUAAAGUUUAAAGGAUGUACACAAAUGAAAUGAGUCUUUAGUUCUUUAAAUCUGAAAAGACCUCAUUCUUCCUGACUUCCUCUCCAUUAAAAAACUCCCUUUUUUACACGCGUUUGGUUAAUAAUGAGAAAAUAAGUGCAGUCUGAAGGACAUUUUGAGAAAUCUUUGGUUGUUUGAUGCACUUAACAGUAAGUCAAUGCUGUGCAACAAUUUGUCACCAGCUUCCAUCUUGUUGUAAAGCUCCAUGCAGAUUUCUGGGUCAUGUUGACAUUUGUAAUGAUAUAAAACCUGCCUUGUUAAGCUCACAUAUUAAAAAUCUGAUUGCAAAAACCGAUGCUGAGCUUCUCCAGGUUCAGAGGACGAGUGUUUGGGGGUUGAGGAUGCUGGAGCAGCUCCAGCCAGCGAGGAGGAGGAGGGGGAGGAGGCGCAGCAGGAAUUCAUUUCCUCAUGCUGAGGUAAAAAAUGCAGGCUCUAUUAAAGCUGUGAUACACGAGGUAGGAGGUCAAAAGGUGAGCUGAAGCUCCGCAGUUUCCCUCCUUUGCCCUGUGAAACUUUAAAGCUGCUAAGAGGUGGCCUGCAGGACUGUUGGGUCUGAGAUGGGAAAAGGCAACACGAGAGAGCAGUUGGAAAGACAAUUAAUCACACUGAAAUGACUGAGAGCUUUCAGGUCUGACGUUUUUCAUGUGCUGGUGGGAGAUGAACACCUGCAGCAGGUGAGGCACAUUAAAG